GGUUGUCAUGGUGACGGUGACCAUGAGGAGAUAAUGGAGCGCCCCCUACAGUCAGACUCAGAUGCUGCGACCUCCACCAUCUAUGCCACCGCCAACUUACCCACAAGCUACUCUGACUCUCCCCACUACGCCAGCGUCAACUUCCACAAGAACCCCAGUGGCCCCAACGAAGCCACUGACACCAUCACUAAAGAGGGCAGCUGCCCCAAUGAGGCCAACGCUGCCAUUACUACAAAGGGCACUUCAUCAUGUGACUAUGCUACUGGUUGUCAUGGUGACAGUGACUAUGAAGAGAUAAAGGAGCGCCCCCUAAGGUCAGACUCAGAUGCUGCGACCUCCACCAUCUACGCCACCGCCAACUUACCCACAAGUCACUCUGACUCUCUCCACUACGCCAGCGUCAACUUCCACAAGAACCCCAGUGGCCCCAACGAAGCCACUGACUCCAUCACUAAAGAGGGCAGCUGCCCCAAUGAAACCACCGCAGCCAUUACUACAGAGGGCACUUCAUCAUGUGACUAUGCUACUGUGAACAAAAGCCCCGCCUACUCUACUGUCAAUCAUCCACACAGCUGCUCUGAGGCACCUCCCAUCUACUCCACAAUCAGCAAACCCAGAGACACUUGA